AUGAAACGCUUUAUUGGAACCAUUACCACGUUUGGAGGUCUCGAUGCAAAUCAGCCUAAUGCUCAUGAUGCCCCUGAGGUUGCCGUCCUCAAGGCUGUGGAAAAUGACUUCCUACCGCUUCCCACAAUCGUCGAGGCUGCUGAAUCGAGUCCUGCGGCAGCAAAAGUUGCUGCAAACCAGAUUCAUAAAUAUCUUUCAAAACCGACGACCACGCAACCCAAACGACAGUACAAUGCGAUCAUGUUAAUACGAAUACUGGCCGAUAAUCCUGGCCCAUCUUUCACUUGUAAUCUUGACGCGCGAUUCACGUCAUCUGUCAAGCUUUUGCUCCGAGAUGGACGGGACAUGAAUGUUGCGCAGAUUCUGCGCGAGACGCUAGAGACAUUGUCAACGACGAAGGCCAGUGAUGGAAACCUCUCAGGACUGAUACAAAUGUGGACAAAAGAGAAAGAGAAGUUUGAGAGAACCUACGGGUACCCACCAUUUGGGACUCCUCCAGUCCAGUCUCCUCCUCAUGGCGCUGGUCCACAUGCUGGACAGAGACAAGACUACUUCUCCCGUCAACACAAGCUCCGAGGGCUUCCUCCUCCGGGCGAGCUCGCUGCACGGGUCAACGAGGCCAAUGAAUCUGCAAAACUAUUGCAGCAGAUGCUCAUGUCUACACCUGUAUCUGAAUUUUAUCAGAACGAAAUGAUUAAGGAAUUUGCAACCCGUUGUCAAUCAGCGUCUAGAUCUGUGCAGGGUUAUAUCAACUCCUCAAAUCCAGCUCCUGACGAAGACACUAUGCUCACCCUGAUCGAGACGAACGAUAAAAUCUCUGUUGCAUUGUCUAGAUACAAUCGUGCUGCCCUAGAUGCAAGAAAAGCUGGCUUCAAAUCUCCAGCCGAACGGGCUGAGCAGGCUCAGUACCUGAUUGACCGUAUCCCAGACCACAACCAAAGUAAUAACACCGGGAAUCAAGACUAUAGAAAUGGACAACCUUAUCCUCAGGCAACUGGUGCAUUGCCUGCGGGAGAUGCAGCCCCAGAACGUGCUCAGUCAAAAAGGCAAAGAUAUAUACCCCGUCUAUCUAUGCCUCGGAUACCUAAGAAGCUCUCUAAACAAGCCCCAGAGCAAGCCCCUAGCCGAAAUGAGGAAACAAAACCCGCUCUAUACACGCCGCCUGUCCAUACAGCUAACAUAGAAAGAACACCUGCUUCUCCCCCAGUGUCCCCUCCAGGAACAUACUCAAAUAACCUGCCCUCGAUACCAAACCGAGAGGCCAAUGAAUCCCAUGCGAGUGGGAUAUCUCAACUAAACAACGGUCACUCUGAAACAAGAAAUAACGAUCGCGCGGCCCCCAGCACUUCUGUCCCGCCUAUAUCGUGGGAGUAUAACCCGAAUGAAUUCCAGGUAGAGAACCCGUUUGCCGAUAAAUUUGCAACGGACACCGGCUCGGGCCUCGAUUCUAAUAGGGUCAGUCGAAUCACCGAGCCUGAUGGAACGGGUGCGGCUACGGCCACCGGUUUUCCAGAUGAACUUGAUCAGCCUACAAAGAGGGGACGAUACUAUUCUCAAUCGGACUUCAGCCUGUUCGACAACACUAAACCGAGGCCCUCAGAGGCCUUGGCUAUAGCACCCGAAUCGAGUCCUGAAAAGAAGCCGACUAGUCCAUCUGCUCAUAUAUGA